CGCUUGCGCGGGAUACCAAACCCGCGGUCCUAGGAUUAGAUUCGCCGGAAGCCCAUGCUCCCGACUUCUGCUUCCGGGUCAGAGCGAUGGCGGUGGCAAAUUCAAGCCCUGUCAACCCCGUGGUGUUCUUCGAUGUCAGCAUUGGCGGCCAGGAAGUUGGCCGAAUGAAGAUCGAACUCUUUGCCGACGUUGUGCCUAAGACAGCGGAGAACUUUAGGCAGUUCUGCACUGGGGAAUUCAGAAAAGAUGGGGUUCCUAUAGGAUACAAAGGAAGCACUUUCCACAGAGUCAUAAAGGAUUUCAUGAUUCAGGGCGGAGAUUUUGUUAAUGGAGAUGGUACUGGAGUUGCCAGCAUUUACCGGGGGCCAUUUGCAGAUGAAAAUUUUAAACUUAGACACUCAGCUCCAGGCCUGCUUUCCAUGGCAAACAGCGGUCCCAGUACAAACGGCUGCCAGUUCUUCAUCACCUGCUCUAAGUGCGAUUGGCUGGAUGGGAAGCACGUAGUGUUUGGAAAAAUCAUUGAUGGACUUCUAGUGAUGAGAAAGAUUGAGAAUGUUCCCACAGGCCCCAACAAUAAGCCCAAGUUGCCUGUGGUGAUCUCACAGUGUGGGGAGAUGUAAUCCAGAGCAAGACGGAAUCAACUCCACAGAGUGCUACAGGCCUGGCAAAAGACACGUGCUUUGGUACCAGUUCAUCAGGAAGCCCCAUCACUGUCGAGCCAUUGAGCUGCUUGGGACCCUAGUUUUCUUCUUUCCUUAAUUUAUAAUGUAUAUUGCACAGAGUUGUAAAGGGUACAUAAUGAGAUAAUAUACUUGGCAGUAUAUGUU